AUGGCGGAGGCGGAAGCUGUGCAGCUGAAGGAGGAAGGGAAUCGGCACUUCCAGCUCCAGGACUACAAGGCGGCGGCCAAGAGCUACAGCCAGGCCCUGAAGCUGACCAAGGACAAGGCGCUGCUGGCCACCCUCUACCGGAACCGGGCGGCCUGUGGCCUGAAGACGGAGAGCUAUGCUCAGGCCGCUUCAGAUGCCUCCAGAGCCAUUGACAUCAACUCCUCGGACAUCAAGGCCCUGUUCCGGCGAUGCCAGGCGCUGGAGCACCUGGGGAAGUUGGACCAGGCCUUCAAGGACGUGCAGCGCUGCGCCACCCUUGAGCCCCGGAACCAGAACUUCCAGGAGACCCUGAGGAGGCUCAAUGCUAGCAUUCAGGAGAAGCUGCACGUGCAGUUCUCCACAGACUCCAGGGUACAGAAUAUGUUUGAUAUCCUCCUGGACGAAAAGAGUGAAGCUGAUAGGCUGGAGAAGGCUGCCAACAACCUCAUCGUACUGGGCCGUGAAGAGGCAGGGGCUGAGAGGAUCUUCCAGAACAACGGCGUGGCCCUGCUUCUGCAGCUCAUGGACACGAAGAGGCCUGAGCUGGUGCUGGCUGCAGUGCGGACCCUGUCGGGCAUGUGCAGUGGCCACCGAGCGAGGGCCACGGUGCUUCUUCACGCGGUCCGCAUAGACCGACUCUGCAGCCUCAUGGCGGUGGCCAACGAGGAGAUGUCCCUGGCCGUCUGCAACCUGCUCCAGGCCAUCAUUGACUCCCUGUCUGGGGAGGACAAGCGGGAGCACCAAGGGAAGGAGGAGGCCCUGGUUCUAGACACCAAGAAGGACCUGAAGCAGAUCACCAACCACCUGCUCGACAUGCUGGUCAGUAAGAAGGUGUCCGGCCAGGGCAGGGACCAGGCCCUGAACCUGCUCAAUAAGAACGUCCCCCGGAAAAACCUCUCUGUUCAAGACAACUCACGCACCAUCUACGUGGUGGACAAUGGCCUCAGGAAGAUCCUGAAGGUGGUGGGGCAGGUUCCAGAUCUGCCGAACUGCCUGCCCCUGACCGACAACACCCGCAUGCUGGCCUCUAUCCUCAUCAACAAGCUCUAUGACGACCUGCGCUGCGAUCCUGAACGCGAUCACUUCCGCAAGAUCUGUGAGGAGUACAUCACGGCCAAGUUUGACCCCCAGAACAUGGACAAGAAUGUGAUUGCCAUCCAGACGGUGUCGGGAGUCCUGCAGGGCCCCUUCGACCUGGGCAACCAGCUGCUGGGGCUGAAAGGUGUGAUGGAGAUGAUGGUGGCGCUGUGUGGCUCGGAUCGAGAGGUAGACCAGCUGGUGGCCGUGGAGGCCCUCAUCCAUGCCUCUACCAAGCUCAGCCGCGCCACCUUCAUCAUCACCAACGGCGUGUCACUGCUCAAGCAGAUCUACAAGACCACCAAGAACGAGAAGAUCAAGAUCCGCACCCUGGUGGGACUCUGUAAGCUCGGCUCUGCAGGUGGCACAGACUACGGCCUCAGACAGUUUGCCGAAGGGUCCACGGAGAAGCUGGCCAAACAGUGUCGCAAGUGGCUGUGCAAUGCGUCCAUAGACACGCGGACCCGGCGCUGGGCCGUGGAGGGGAUGGCCUACCUGACGCUGGAUGCUGACGUGAAGGAUGACUUUGUCCAGGACAUCCCUGCCCUGCAGGCCAUGUUUGAGAUGGCCAAGACCUCUGACAAGACCAUCCUGUACUCGGUGGCCACCAUCCUGGUGAACUGCACCAACAGCUACGACGUCAAGGAGGUCAUCCCCGAGCUCGUCCAGCUCGCCAAGUUCUCCAAGCAGCACGUGCCCGAGGAGCACCCCAAGGACAAGAAGGACUUCGUGGACAUGCGGGUGAAGCGGCUCCUGAAGGCUGGUGUCAUCUCGGCGCUGGCCUGCAUGGUGAAGGCAGACAGCGCCAUCCUCACCGACCAGACCAAGGAGCUGCUGGCCAGGGUGUUCCUGGCCCUGUGUGACAACUCGAAGGACCGAGGCACCAUUGUGGCUCAAGGUGGUGGCAAGGCCCUGAUUCCCCUGGCCUUGGAGGGCACGGACGUGGGCAAGGUGAAGGCAGCCCACGCCCUUGCGAAGAUCGCUGCUGUCUCCAACCCGGACAUGGCCUUCCCCGGGGAGCGGGUGUACGAGGUGGUGCGGCCCCUGGUGAGACUCCUGGACACACAGAGGGACGGGCUGCAGAACUACGAGGCCCUCCUCGGCCUCACCAACCUGUCCGGGCGGAGCGACAAACUGCGGCAGAAGAUCUUCAAGGAGAAGGCCUUGCCGGACAUCGAGAACUACAUGUUUGAGAACCACGACCAGCUGCGGCAGGCGGCCACCGAGUGCAUGUGCAACAUGGUGCUGAACAAGGAGGUCCAGGAGAGGUUCCUGGCCGAUGGCAAUGACCGGCUGAAGCUGGUGGUCCUGCUCUGCGGGGAGGAUGACGACAAGUUGCAGAAUGCGGCCGCAGGGGCCCUGGCCAUGCUGACAGCCGCGCACAAGAAACUGUGCCUCAAGAUGACCCAAGUGACAACCCAGUGGUUGGAGAUCCUACAACGGCUUUGCCUGCAUGACCAGCUGUCUGUCCAACACCGGGGCCUGGUCAUCGCCUACAACCUGCUGCAGGCUGAUGCCGAACUGGCCAAGAAGCUGGUGGAGAGUGAGCUGCUGGAGAUCCUGACUGUGGUGGGCAAACAGGAACCGGACGAAAAGAGGGCAGCGGUGAUUCAGACAGCCCGGGAAUGUCUCAUCAAGUGCAUGGAUUAUGGCUUCAUUAAACCAGUGUCUUAG